AUCGGAUAAUCAAAAGCUAUCAAUGGCCCGUAGAGUCCGCCUCUACGUAGCACCUCUGGUCUCUCUGAACUCUUAUCAGUCUGGACUUGUCAAUGGUGUGUUCCUUAUCUGCAGUUACCUGUGCACUAAUCACCAAUAAAUUGUAUUUUCAGGAACUCAAAUGGUGGAGCAAGAGUAUAUUGAACCUCUCCAUUCAGAUUAUUACAACUGCCGAAAUUUCUUAAGGCCGCCGAGAGGUAAGUCCGUGGGUGAAGUGAACGUAGGAACAAAUGAACAGCCCUGCUGGAUCAGGCCCAAGAAGGCCUAUCCAGUACAGCAUCCCGUUUCCCACAGUGGCCUACCAGAUGCCUCUGAGAAGCCCACAGGCAAGAGAGCAAGAUUCCUGCUCUUACCAGAAUGUGGCCAGGCCUUUGCGAAGCAGUGGAUGUGUCUUAGCAGAGGUGGGCAUCUAUGAGAAUAGCUUGGCUGUCCAGCUGCAGAAGAGCCCACAGACUUCAGAAAGCUCCGAGGAUGACGAACCAGAUUACAUCAAUGCAGAGGUUGAUCCAAACAGCUUUCCUGUCUAAGAGAUGUCAAGAGAUUCAAUAAAUGCUGAUGUUCACCCUUCAUUCCACACCAUGCAGAAGAACCUGGUCUUCAGCAAAAGAUUCCCGCUGAUGUGAGACUCUAAGCCAACACAGCACCACAGGCUUGCUCCGGAAGUGGGACACACUCCACAGACUCUAUUCUAGAGGGGAGAAAUCCCCUCUGGAAAAAAGGCUAGUGGCGUUCCAAGCUUUCAAGCGCAACUCCACGUUAGUUUGAGAACGGCUCGCUUCGCCUCGGGUUUUCAGCUGCAACCAAGUGUCUAUGGUGCAUUUGGCAGUUUGCACCUUAAAAUGAUGAGCUAAGGUGUGAUCCAAAAACAGAUUUAAAUGAGGUACCAUGCAGGUUUUAUCAUUUAAGCCAUUUGGGUGGCACAGAUAAGCGGUGGCGUACGAGGAUUAAAUCAGUCGAUGAAAUAAAAAGCACGAGGUUCCUUGAACUGCAUGCAGUUCCGUCAGAAUUCCCCAAAAGGGAAUCCAGUUGGAUGAAGUGUGGUCAUGAUCAGGAUAUGCAUCUUCGGGGUCUGUCCCCAUGUGGCGAAAGAAUGGAAGGUUUGUCAUCUCCAGUGAGUUUAUUAUAAAUGUUGCAUAACGGAGGAAACGUCAAAUUUAUUUCUAGGCAGGGAACAUGGGAAGCUGCUGUUUACUGAGUCAGACAUUGUUCUAUCUAGCUCAGGAUUGUCUGCUCUGACUGGCAGCCACUCUCCAAGGCUUCAUAAGAACAGCCUUGCUGGAUCAGACAAUACAAGGCACAGCUAGUCCAGUGUCUUGUUUCAGGCAGGAGUCUUUCCUUGCACUACCUGGAAAUGCUGUCGGGGAUUAAACCAAGACGUUGUGCAUGCAAGGCCGAUGCUCAUCCACUGAGCUAUGGCCCAAAAUCAGAAUAUUUUAGCAAGCUGCUGUAUACUGAAUCAGACUGCUGGUCCAUCUAGCUCAAUAUUGUCUACACUGACUGGCAGCACUUCCACAAGGUUCCAGCUCUCCUCCCUAAACAAAAGGAGAGA